CAUGGUAACCCCGAGCGGCGCCGCCGCCCCGCCGCCCCGCCGGUAGGCCGCCCUCCUUCCCUCCCUGCUUCCCUCCCGCCAUGGCCGUGGACGGCCCCACCAUCACCAGCCGCCUCAAGAACCUGCUCCGCUCCCCGUCCAUCAAGCUGCGCAGGACCAAGGCGUCCGGCCGCAGGGAGGACCUCGCCUCCAGGGUGACCUUGGAGAAGGUGCUGGGGAUCACCGUGGCCGGAGGCCGGGGCUUGGCCUGCGACCCCCGCUCGGGUCUGGUGGCGUAUCCGGCUGGGUGUGUGGUCGUGCUGUUCAAUCCCCGGAAGCACAAACAACAGCACAUCCUCAACAGCUCCAGGAAGACCAUCACCGCCCUGGCCUUCUCCCCCGAUGGCAAGUACCUGGUCACCGGAGAGAGCGGGCACAUGCCCGCGGUCCGGGUGUGGGACGUGGCCGAGCGCAGCCAGGUGGCGGAGCUGCAGGAGCACAAGUACGGAGUGGCCUGCGUGGCCUUCGCCCCCAGCGCCAAGUACAUCGUGUCCGUGGGCUACCAGCACGACAUGAGCAUCAACGUCUGGGCCUGGAAGAAAAACAGCGUGGUGGCGUCCAACAAGGUGUCCAGCCGGGUCACGGCCGUCUCCUUCUCGGAAGACUGCAGCUACUUCGUCACCGCCGGCCACCGGCACAUCAAAUUCUGGUACCUGGACGACAGCAAGGCGCCCAAGGUGAACGCCACCGUGCCCCUGCUGGGUCGCUCCGGCCUUCUGGGGGAGCUGCGCAACAACCUGUUCACGGACGUGGCCUGCGGCCGGGGCCGGCGGGCCGACAGCACCUUCUGCAUCACCGCCUCCGGCCUGCUGUGUCAGUUCAGCCAGCGCCGGCUGCUCGACAAGUGGGUGGAGCUGCGGACCACGGUGGCCCACUGCAUCUCGGUGAGCCAGGACUGCAUCUUCUGCGGCUGUGCCGACGGGACCGUGCGUCUCUUCAACCCCUCUAACCUGCACUUCCUCAGCACGCUGCCCCGUCCCCACGCCCUCGGCACCGACGUCGCCAGCGUCACCGAGGCCAGCCGCCUCUUCUCCGGCGUGGCCAACGCCAAGUACCCCGACACCAUCGCCCUGACCUUCGACCCCACCAACCAGUGGCUGUCCUGCGUCUACAACGACCACAGCCUCUACGUGUGGGACGUCAGGGACCCCAAGAAAGUGGGCAAAGUCUACUCGGCCCUCUACCACUCCUCUUGCGUCUGGAGCGUGGAGGUGUACCCUGAAGUGAAGGACGGAAGCCAGGCCCGCCUUCCGCCCAGCUCCUUCGUCACCUGCUCCUCCGACAACACCAUCCGCCUCUGGAACACCGAGAGCUCCGGGGUCCACGGCUCCGCGCUGCACCGCAACAUCCUCAGCCACGACCUGAUCAAGAUCAUCUACGUGGACGGGAACACGCAGGCCCUGCUGGACACGGAGCCCUCCGGGGGCGGGGACAAGGCCGACGGACCCCCGGGGGACACCCGCCUGGGCAUCCGCUCCGUCUGCAUCAGCCCCAACGGGCAGCACCUGGCCUCGGGGGACCGGGUGGGCACUCUCAGGGUGCACGAGCUGCAAUCUCUGAGCGAGAUGCUGCGGGUGGAGGCCCACGACUCGGAGAUCCUGUGCCUGGAGUACUCCAAGCCAGACACCGGCCUGAAGCUGCUGGCGUCGGCCAGCCGCGACCGCCUCAUCCACGUCCUGGACGCCGGCCGCCAGUACAGCCUGCAGCAGACCCUGGACGAGCACUCCUCCUCCAUCACCGCCGUCAAGUUCGCAGCCAGCGACGGGCAGGUGCGCAUGAUCAGCUGCGGGGCGGACAAGAGCAUCUACUUCCGCACCGCCCAGAAGUCCGGGGCCGGGGUGCAGUUCACGCGGACGCACCACGUGGUGAGGAAAACGACGCUGUACGACAUGGACGUGGAGCCCAGCUGGAAGUACACGGCCAUCGGCUGCCAGGACCGCAACAUCCGGAUCUUUAACAUCAGCAGCGGGAAGCAGAAGAAGCUGUUCAAGGGAUCCCAGGGGGAGGAUGGCACCUUGAUCAAGGUGCAGACCGACCCCUCGGGGGUCUACAUCGCCACCAGCUGCUCCGACAAGAACCUCUCCAUCUUCGACUUCUCCUCGGGCGAGUGUGUGGCCACCAUGUUUGGCCACUCGGAGAUCGUCACGGGCAUGAAGUUCAGCAAUGACUGCAGACACCUCAUCUCCGUGUCCGGGGACAGCUGCGUUUUCGUGUGGCGCCUGAGCUCGGAGAUGACCAUCGGCAUGCGGCAGCGCCUGGCGGAGCUGCGGCAGCGAGGCGGUCCGCCCCGGGACCCUCGCCUCCGCGGCAGAACUACUCUCGGCCGAGGGCGGCCGAGGUUCCCGCGCCGCUCCCCGUCCUCAGCAGGGCCCCGGCGACGUGGGCGCUGGGCCCAGCCGGGAGAACCGGCCGAGCUCAGCGUCCGCUCCAUGCUGGACCUGCGGCAGCUGGAGGCCCUGGCGCCCCACGCGUCCCCCCGGGACUCGGCGGCCCCGCCCCACUCAGGCGCCCAGCCGGAACCCGAGCAGGAGCUGGACCUCAAGCCGGCCAGGAGCGAGGACGGCACCAUCUUCCCCGAGCUGGGCACAGCCCCCGCUGGAUUGAUUCCAGGUGCCGCUCGGCCUCUGGGCAGAGGGUACACCCUGGGCGGCGCGGCCCCGGAGAAGCACAGCCCCGACAGCGCCUGCUGUGACUACAGCAGCAGCCGCCUCUCGAGCCCGGAGCACCCCAACGACGACUCGGAGAGCACCGAGCCCCUGAGCGUGGACGGCGUCUCCUCGGACCUGGACGACGUGGUGGAGGGCGAGGAGGAGGAGGAGGAGGACGGGGAGGGAGGAGGCCCCGGGGGGCUUCAGGGAGGCGGCCCCCACACCCCCGACCAGGAACAGUUCCUCAAGCAACACUUCGAGACGCUGGCUCAGGGCUCCGCCCCAGGCGGCCCCACCCAGGCGCCGGAGGGGACGGAGUCCCGGAGCAUCUCCUCCCGCUUCCUGUCCCAGGCCCAGCCCUUCACCCCCAGGGAGCUGAUUCCGGAGCAGAGACCCUUAUGGCCGCCGCAGGCCCCUCCGGACAGCGCGGGCCGACGGAGUGCCGGCCCUCCCGGGGCGCCCCCGGGCCCGGUGGCCGCGCAGCGGCACCGGGGCCCCAACCCGGCCAGUGGCUGGGCUCUGGCGGGGGGCGGCUCGCCGGGCCCCGCGGGCGGCCUCAGGAAGACCCAGUCGGUGCAGAGCCUCGGCCCGCAGGGUGAGCCGCCCACUCUGGGACCGUUACCCCCGCUGGCGAGCCCGGUCCGAGGCGGGGCGGCGGCCCCGCCGCAGGGGGAUGGCCGCCCGGCCCGGCCGCGCUCCUACCUGAGCCCUACCACCAGCUCCAGGGCCAAGAUCGCCCGCAGCGUCUCCCUCGGGGACGACCUGGGCCUAGGCGAGCCCGCCGAGCCCCCGGCGCCCUUCCGGCCGCCGCCGCCCGCGGCGCCGCCCAGCCGGGCCCACCUGAUCCUGGACAUCCCAAGCCCUGCCCGACAGGCCAGCCUGGCCUGCUUCUCACCCUCGGCCAAGGGCCGGGAGGAACCGUGCCAGGGAGCCCCGUGUCGGGCAGAGCCACCCCGCUCCCCGGGCGGCCCGCGAAAGGCGUCCGUCCCACCCGAGGCGGGGCCCGGCUCCCGGACGGACGCCCCGUCGCCGCCUGGACUCUACAGCCUCGGUGCCCGGAGUUGCCAGCCGGCCGCCUCGCCGGGGCCUCGAGAGCCCCCGGCCCUCAUCCCUGGAGGAAGCCCCCGGCCCCCAGGACCUUGCCGGGCCAGGGGCGGCCCUGGGCCAGGCUCAGAGGUGGCGGUGAGCGUGGAGCGGUGCGAGCGUCUGGUGGGGGAGCUCCGGGACAGCGUGCGCCAGGCCGUGAGUCUCUACCAGCUGGUGGCCGGCCUCGGGGCGCCCUCCGCCGAGCAGGGCCGCGUCGCCCGGCUCCUCAGGGACACCUUCUCCACGGUGCGGCGGGAGCUGGAGGCCCUGGCCGGGGAGGGGUCCGUCGGCCCCGGCGCCGCGAGCCCCGGCGCCGUGGGGGCCGAGCAGACCCGGGCGCUGCUGGAGCAGUACUCAGAGCUGCUGCUGCGGGCCGUGGAACAGCGCAUGGGGCAGCGGCCGUGAGCCCACCCGCCCCAGCCUCCUAGAUUCCCCUGGGGGGGGCCCCUCCGGGGACUAGCCGCAGGGCCCCGAGGGGUGGGGGGGGAGAGGCUCUGCCUCUGCCAACCUGUGCCCACCCCAAGUCCUUGUAUAUAUUAAUUUAUUUUCCUGUUGGA